ACCCAGAUUAGAUUUUUCCGUACACCCCCCACAACAUGGAAUUUUGGUUACUAGGUAACGGUAAACUGUACAUGGAUGUGUCCAAUCAGAGAACAGAACUGGGCCUGCUUGCAAACUUCUGUGUUGACAAAUAUUUUGAAAAUUUUCUAUUUAGCUAGUUAACGUUAUAUUACCUACUUUGGGAUGGAGUUUUGAUAUGGCUUCUUUACUAAAUGCUGACCCGGCGUUGAGGGAAUAUAUACUGAAGCAUUCCUUGCCCCAGAUAUUUCAGGCAUUAUUAACAGGUUUAUGUGUGUCGUGUCCUGAAAGUCCAUUACAUUUUCUGGAAAGGAAGAUUGUGUCUAUUCAGGAAAACCGGGACACUGCUGAGAUUGAUUGGCAUACAUGUGUUGAUGAUCCAGAACAAGUUGCCGUGACCUCACUGGCAGGAAGCAUGGUGCAUGACAUCUUUGGGAAACGAGAUGAUACACUGUUUCUCUCCCAUUUGUUUGAGAAGGCCUACUCCUGUUACAGAAUAAGUUUAACAAAUAUGUGCUUCAAGGCGUGGAAAAUGUUCAUCUGGAAUAAGCGGAAGGAGGCCAGGGAGUUGACGCUGAAGAUGGAGACAGCUGAGAGGCACUACAUACAGAGGGGCCUGAGGGUCGCACUCUGCAAGUGGGUGGAGUGGGUACAGGUCUGCAAGAGAAGGCAGAACGAUGCCAUGAAGAAGAUCCAGCGAGUAUGGAAUGCUAUCCACUGUAAGAUUGUCAUAGGUGCUUGGCGCUAUGUGGUGCAGGACUCAAAACGGACAAAGGAGUACUUUGAGAGACUGGAGAAUGGUCUGUUGGAGAUGAGCAGUAAGGACUCUGAUGUUGCCAUUGGAGAGGGACAUGACGGACUCUCACUGCUCCCUUGCAAGCUCUCAAUAAAGGUCUUCCAGAGUCUAGACGUAGGAGACCUGCUGAAAUGUGCAGAAGUGUGUCGGACUUGGAAGGCCAUCACUCAGACCUGCUCACUUUGGAGUCGGAUCAGUUUCUCUGUGGAGAGGGACUGGAUCACAGACCGCAUCGUGGAACAGAUCCUACAGAAGUACCGGCCGUUUGUAGUUCACCUUAACAUGCGUGGCUGCACCUCUCUACAGUGGCCCAGCUUCAAAUGUAUCAGUGAAUGCAGAAACCUACAGGAGCUGAACCUGUCAGAGUGUUUCAACAUUAAAGAUGAGAUGGUGUGUAUGAUUCUAGAAGGCUGCCCCACUCUGCUCUACCUGAACCUGUCCUUCUCAUAUGUGGCCAACGGGACUCUCAGAGAGCUCUCCAGGAGCUGUCUGAACCUGCAGUUCCUGAGUCUAGCAUGCUGCCGUAGGUUCACUGAUAAAGGCUUACAGUACCUGGCCUCAGGGAAGGGCUGCCACAAGCUCAUCCACCUUGACCUCUCUGGCUGCACUCAGAUCUCAGUGGAAGGUUUCAGGUACAUAGCAGCGGGCUGCCCUCAGCUCCAGCAGAUAGUCUUCAAUGACCUGCCUACUCUGUCAGACAGCUGUGUGCUGGAGCUGGCCUCUAAGUGUCACUCUCUGUCUGCCAUCUCCCUAUGGGACACGCCCCAUCUCUCAGACUCCGCCUUCAAAGCCAUCGCUGAGGUGGCCAACCUCACCAAGUUCAGUGUUGAUGGUAACAGUCGUAUGUCAGACAUCAGUUGGAGGGCUCUGUGUCGUAGCUCUCCAGGCCUUACGAGACUCCAUGCUGCUGACUGCCCUAGAAUGACUGACUCCAGCCUAAAGUCUAUGGGCACCCUCAAAAACCUGGUCUACCUCAACAUCUCACACUGCAGCAGGGUGAGUGACAUGGGGCUGCGGUACCUGACUGAGGGGCCUUCUGCCUCUAAACUGAGGGAGCUGAAUCUGAGCAACUGCAGCCGCAUCAACGACUUAGCUAUCAUGAGGGUGGCUCAAAAGUGCAGUAAGCUGAACCACCUGAGUGUGUCUUACUGUGAUAACCUGUCUAAUUCUGGUCUGGAGUGGCUCAGUAGCUGUUCCUCUCUCCUCUCUCUGGACAUCAGUGGCUGCAACAUCAUGGACCAGGGGCUGAUUGCUCUAGGUGGGAACCCUGGCCUGAAGAAGCUGGUUGCCUCUGAGUGUUUAUGGAUCACUGACAUUGGCAUAGAGAAGUUCUGCAGGCAGGCGAGAGGUCUGGAGUAUAUGGACGUGUCUCACUGUGUAGCUCUAUCUGACCAGGCCAUCAAGGCUCUGUCCUUCUACUGCAGGACUAUAGUCACAUUACGCAUGCCUGGCUGCCCAAAGGUAUUCACACACACACAAACAAACAAUAUUACCAAAAUAUCUUGCCUAUUGUCUAUGCACUUCCUCUAUCAGAUGACAGACCUGGCGGUACAGUACCUGACAGUAGGGCGUCACUUCCUGAGAGAGCUGGACGUGAGUGGCUGUGUUCUGCUGACCGAUCGCACACCACGCUUCCUACAGACAGGCUGCCCACAGCUCAACACCAUCAACAUGGUCUACUGCAGGGGAAUAUCCAAGCAGGCGGCUCUGAGGCUCCAGCCCUGUGUUGAGAAGUGGGAGCACAGUAACGAUGAUGCCCCCUACUGGUUCGGCUAUGACAGUCUUGGCCAGCUGCUACAGCCAAUCGGACGACCCGACAAGAUCCAGGACACCUGGGAGGAAGAGGAGCCAACACCAAGAAACAACAAAAAGAGGAAUUUGAUAAAGGCCUGUGGAGAGGACUACGAAUACACAGCAUGAAUACACACACAGUCCAUGCAGACAAUCAAACAAACGCACAAUGACUUAGUUUAUACAGUACACACACACCUCACAAUCUAAGGUAAAUCAAAUCCCUAACACAUACACUGCACCUUACAUUAACUCUAGCUCAGAUAUCAAGCAACAAAGGAAUGGCCAAAGAUGAAUAACCAGAAAAAGAUAUAUCUUGUAUCUGAGAAAUAAUGCAGUAUAUACAUGUAUGCAGUAUAUACAGUAUAUACAUUUAUGCAGUAUACACAUGUAUGCAGUAUAUACAUUUAUGCAGUAUAUACAAUAUAUACAUUUAUACAGUAUAUACAUGUAUGCAGUUUAUACAGUAUAUACAUUUAUGCAAAGCUUCUGCAUCAUACUGUUUCAUCUGAGUGGGAGAAAGGUCAAAGCUUUCUUCUAUGCAUUGCAACACAAGACAGAUGAUUGAAUUUCAUAAUUACAUCAUAAAGCAAACAAUUUUAGCUUGGAAAUAAUCAUAAAAAAAUAAAUGUCCUCGAUAUGAUUCGAUUUUUUUGUCAGUGUCAACACUUUUCCCAUUUUUUUUUUUUAUUCACAGUAAAUUGAUCCCCCCAAACCUAUUUUGUACAUUUUGCAGUUUCCACCCUGUGGUAAGAAAGUCUUAAGAGUUUUGACUGUUGCACACACACUAACCACAGCAGUCUUUGAACUUCUCAAAAGUCCAGUUAGACUUCAAGCUCAAUACCUGACUGAAUAUGUGAGACCUGAAUGUUGUUCAGUGUUUCAAUCUAAGAGCUCUGCUGAUGACCACAAAGACAAAGACUGAACUAGCCUGGCUGCCAGCAUGCCACUAUAUUUCUGCUUGAGCCCUCUCAUGACAACAACAGUUGGCUAAAGCAGAAACAUGACUGAGUUACCUCUACUAACCAUGAUCAUGUGCUACAACUGUAUAUAGACAUAUAAUAUAGCCUGCAGUUUCCGUUAUCACAUAUGUAGCAUACCCUUUACUUUCGGGCAUGAUAUUCACUUCUAGAACAAUAGAUUGAGAACAAAAAUCAAUUGUAGACCGUUUGCUUGGGUAAGAAAUUGACACCCUUGAUAAAGAUGAGCAAUAAUAACUAGGGAAAGGGGGAUACCUUGUCAGUAUUACAACUGAAUGCCUUCAACUGAAAUGUGUCUUCCGCAUUUAACCCAACCCCUCUGAAGCAGAGGUACGGGGGGCUGCCUUAAUCGACAUGCACGUCUUCGGCGCCAGGGGAACAACGGGUUAACUACCUUGCUCAGGGUCAAAACAACAGAUUUUUCCUUGUCAUAAAAUAAAUCAAAUACUGAGCUAUAUUGUAUGUUAUAUUUUGGGGGGAAAUUAAUGUUAUAUUAAUACAAUUUCUCAGAGAAAGAGAUUUUGUUUAACAAGUAAUAGUUUUCCUCUAAUAGUUUUCCUCAAAAGGGUAGGGGUCAAAAUUAUUGACACCUCUUAUGAAUAAAGUAGUGAAAAGUUUAGUAUUUGGUGCCAUAUUCCUAGCAUGCAAUGACUACAUCAAGCUUGUGACUCAACAAUCUUGUUGGAUGCAGUGCGUAUGUUAUCGCGCGUGUGUGUGUGCCAAUGUUUGUGUUGCUUCACUGUCCCCGCUGUUCAAUAAGGUGUUUUUUUUAAUCUGUUUUUUAAAUCAAAUUUUACUGCUUGUGUCAGUUACUUGAUGUGGAAUAGAGUUCCAUGUAGUCAUGGCUCUAUGUAGCACUGUGCACCUCACAUAGUCUGUUCUGGACUUGGGGACUGUGAAGAGACCUCUGGUGGCAUGUCUUAUGGGGUAUACAUGGGUGUCCGAGCUGUGUGCCAGUAGUUUAGACAGACAGCUCGGUACAUUCAACAUGUCCAAUACCUCUCAUAAAUAAAAGUAGCGAUGAAGUCAAUCUCUCCCCCACUUCAACCAGGAGAGAUUGACAUUAUUAAUAUUAGCUCUCUCUAUACAUCCAAGGGCCAGCCGUGCUGCCCUGUUCUAAUCCAACUGCAAUUUUCCUAAGUCCUUUUUUGUGGCACCUGACCACACAACUGAACAGUAGUCAAGGUGCGACAAAACUAGGGCCUGUAGGACCUGCCUUGUUGAUAGUGUUGUUAAGAAGGCAGAGCAUCGCUUUAUUAUAGACAGACUUCUCCCCAUCUUAGCUACUACUGCAUCAAUAUGUUUUGACCAUGACAGUUUAGAAUCUAGUGUUACUCCAAGCACUUUAGUCAUCUAAUCUUGCUCAA